AUGGAGGCCAUUCCCAUUCGCCUGGUCCUGGACGACCCUGCCCAGCCAUACGUUGCCGAAAAUGACUACAACUCGGGUGAUUUUAUCAUCAAGAAUAUUUCUUUCUUUUUCAACUAUCCCCAAAUUAUUAAAGAGCUUGAGGGCGAUACAGCCACGAUCAGAGCAACAUGCAUCCAUGCAGACCCCAACUUGGCUGGCGUUCCUCUGUCACCAGCUGAGAUGAACACUGUCCAUCACCGGAAUCUGUGCAACUUCAUGAGGUCUUUUGGCUGCAGGGUCUGGAGAACUAAAGUUCUGCUUGCGAAGAGCCAAGUCGUGGACAAGCGAAGUUCCAAAUGCAACGCACAGCUUGUUGUCGACAAACUGAUUGCUACCAAGUUCAUCGCGAAAGGAGAACCAAUUUACUUAGCAACACCUCAUUACCAAUGCCUAUGCGCCAUAUGUGGUGCUGCCGCUGAACAUGAGGGAGCCAUGGAGUUGAAAAGGGACGCAAACGCAGCGCAACAACUUCUCGACCAGCAUCAAUCGCUGUCUAAUACGCAAAAUACGGGUGCGACUCAGAGUCAGCUCAUUGGUGGUCGUGCCGGCAACGCCAGCAGUAGCCAGGCCACCAUUAGCCCCCGAGUACGACAGACCGGUACCGGCCGCGCGACCCUUGUUGAUGGACAUAAAGUUCGGCCAAGUCUGUCCAAAAAUGAGAGCUCAGACUCUAGCCAUUUGAGCACAAUACUAGAAGUCUCGAGCCAUACAGAAUCUCGAGCCCCAAUUCUUGACCCAUCCAGCUCGUCAAAAAAUGAGGUCAGAGAUGUUCUGGGUAUAGAUCAUACCGGGUCUGCCUCCAAGGAAAUUGGAAAGAAAGAUAACUCUACUCAAGGCCAGACUGAAGGUGGUGGUAAUCCACUGCAAAUCAACGACAGUAACGGCGGCUACCAAAACAGCCCACCAGAUUCUCUGGGUCCUUCAGCCUCUCAACGGGGACAUUCGCCUCAAGACUCACCAUUAGAGCCACCCAUCAGUCCUCCACGAAACGUGAAGUCCAACCACUUUUGCCACAUAUGCAUCGUAUUAAAAUGGCUCGCUUGCGGAACCGAUAAUACCCCUGGUAUGGACCGAAACACGUUGCAGAUAAACCAAGAUGGACAGCAACAAGAAAGCUCUGGUCAACAGCAACAGCGAGACUCCGGUGAAUAUCAAGUGCCAGAACAGCAAGACGCUCGUCGACUGCAAAGGCUUUUGACUCUCGUGAAAAUACCAAUUCGACCAGAGAAGUCACAUAAUGUAUCUGGCAGGGUGAGAAGAUCAACUGGGCAGCAGGCUGCUGAUCAGCACCAAGUACCAGACCGGGGGGCAAAUGUGCACCAGUCAAAUACGUGCAAGUCUAUGGUGAAGAACGGGGCGAGGCACGUCCGAGAUGGCCUAUGUCAUUUGGGGAAGGUUUUGCUAUGCUGUGGUGUCUCGGCCCAUGGCGUUGGGAUCGAGGAUGCUCAAUAA